GCCGGUGGGUGGGCGUGGCGGGGGCGCGGCCGGGCCAGCGGAACAGAACGGAACGGAACGGAACGGAACGGAACGGGCGGCGGGCGCAGCCAUGUCCUUCUGCUCCUUCCUGGGGGGAGAGGUGUUCAAGGACCACUUCCAGCCGGGUAUUUACGUGUGUGCCAAGUGUGGCCAUGAGCUGUUCUCCAGCCGGGCCAAGUACGAGCACUCGUCGCCGUGGCCAGCCUUCACCGAGACCCUGCGGGGGGACAGCGUGGCCAAGCGCGAGGAGCGCCCGGGGGCGCUGAAGGUGACGUGUGGCAAGUGUGGCAACGGGCUGGGCCACGAGUUCCUCAACGAUGGCCCCAAGCGGGGCCAGUCCCGCUUCUGAAUAUUCAGCAGCUCGCUGAAGUUCGUCCCGAAAGGUAAAGCUGACCUGAAGGAGAAAUAAGUGAGCUGCUGCACCUGCCACUGCCCUGGGCUAAUCCUGCCUGCACUCUUGGGAUGCACUGACCUGCCAAGGGGACCCACAGCACGAGCAACCCCAAGGAAGCUCCUGGUCCAAGUUUGCCCCUGAUUUCCUGGUCACGGUUUCCCCUUGAUUUCCCUGUCAGGGUUUGAUUCCCUGAUUUCCCUGUCAGGGUUUUAUUCCCUGAUUUCCCUGUCAGAAUUCCCCUGUUUUCCUGUUGCAGUUCCCCUUGAUUUCUGUCACGGUUCCCCCCUGAUUUCCCUGUCACAGUUCUCUCCUGAUUUCCCUGUCACGGUUCCCCCUGAUUUCUCUGUCACGGUUCCUCCCUGGUUUCUCUCUAACGGUUCUCUCCUGGUUUCUCUGUCACAGUUCCUCCCUGGUUUCCCUGUCAAGGUUCUCCCUAUCCCAGUUUCCCCAGUUUUCCCCAUCCCAGUCCCCCCAGGUUUCCCUAUCCCAGUUUCCCCAGUUUUCCCUAUCCCAGUCCCCCCAGGUUUCCCUAUCCCAGUUUCCCCAGUUUUCCCUAUCCCAGUCCCCCCAGGUUUCCCUAUCCCAGUCC